GCCCAUCUCAAACCACACCAAAUCGCAUCGAAAGUGACCAAAACGUUCCUAUUUAAAAAAUCAACAGCACCAAAACCGUUUUCCGUCGUACCAAAGCACCGUGACAGAAAUUCACUCCACAACAAAAGUCAGUCACUUGCAAGAAACGGUGUUGAGUGCUAUACCGCGCGAUGAGACGCUGAAAUUGUGAUUUGUGACAAAUGUGACCAUAGGGUUAACCAAAUGAGGGAUUAUUUCAAAGCUGGUGAUAUCCAUUGCCUCCCAUGAUGAUAAUCAUGGACAGCGUGGUGAUCCCCCGUCCUCCGGCCCUCCCGCCGGUGCCCCUCGUCCCUCCUAGUGUGACAAGCACCCCUUCCGGUUUCCGUCUAAUGGAAGACCAAGGCGAUACCGGAAGUGUCUAUUCCAUCUACAAGCAAAAAAUCGACGCCAUGUUUGAAUCCGAUUCAAGUACCAAUACAAAAAACAGCGUUCAAGCACAAAUUGAGAAAAUGUUUAGUGACGUAGCCCAAGACAAUGGUAUUAUUCUAAGUGAUGGGACAACCCAUCGUUUCUCAGUCGAUUAUUUGGGUUCGGUCGGUUUAACCGAUAAAGUGACAAGUCUAGCCGGACUACAAACCCCUCUUAAAGAACUCUAUUUUGCAUAUAAAAGGACGACGAAAUUAAAAAAGACUCUAACCGGAAAAUUAGAGAUUUCCGGUCAAGGGCUGAAAGUGCAAUAUCAAGGGGAGAAAGGUGAUUUGGAACAAAUGAAUUCGUUUCCGACCAUUGCUGUGUGGUCUGCGGUCAAGUUUGUGAUACAAAAAGGGACAAGUUACGCUUUUUUGCCACUGAUUACCGAUCCUGAUAAUAUUGAUAAGAAAGCUCUGUUCCGGGAAUUGACUGAUAACGAGAAGAAAUUCAUCAAUAGUGAGACACAUUCACCACUUUUUGCCGUCGUUAUGCGCAAAAUAGGCCUUCAGAAGCAAUUAGAAUGCCACGGUUUUGUGUGUCAAACUUCCGAAGAUGCCAUCGUCAUCGCCGCAACUCUCUACAAGUCGCUAAUGGCCCACAUGAAAGCGAAGGAAAAAAGACCGAAAAACCGAAACGGAAUCACUUGUAUAUCGACUACUUCGAGCGUUUUUAACGAAAAAUCGGUCCCAAUUCGGCCCCCACGAAAAAAACGGAGCACUACUUCAUCCAUAAUUAGUGAAACUGAACAACAAGAUGUCUCUGAUACUCAACCCCUAAUCCAGAAAAAGAACGUCCGGAAAAGUAUUAAAUCGCGACCGGCCCCCAAAACCCCCGACUUUGACGCCAUUUUGCCGUACGAAGAACCGGUUAAACCGGAAGAAAUCAAACCGAAGACGUUCUCAGAUAAAAUCAAUACUUUCAUGAGUCGGGAACAGAAACAAAUCACAGCAGAAAUUAAACAAAUGAUGACUGAUAAGGUGAAAAUGGCGGAAAAUAAUGAAGGAAACAGUUUAAGGAAAAAGGAUAAUUCGGGGGAUAUCCUGACUAAAGUUACGAUACCCAGAUCGGGGAGUUUCCUUAACGCUGGGGGAUUAACGCGGUAUAAAUCGAAAGUUUCAAGAAGCAACGGCCAAGCAACCGGCGGUUCGCCUCUCGGCUUCAACGAGCUCUUCAACGAGUUCCGUCUCCAGGAAGGUCUCCACUCCAUGGACGAAAUCCUGGGUGUGAUAAUCGAUCCCGAAGGAAUGUCAUUCAACGACUUGAAACCAAUCUACAAAGAAUUCCUCCUAAAACUCUCCGUCACAUUAACAAAAGACGAACUAUACCAACGUUCAAAAUCGAUAAUGCGUCGCCAGAAGAAGAAACUUUUGCGCCGAAAUAGCCUUCAACCAAAACCCUCCUCUCAUCACAUCUUAGUCGGAAACAAAUUCAAACGUCUCAAACACAUUUUUCGAAAAAACUUAAAACUCAAACUCGGAAAAAACAAAUCUGGGUCCGACCCCGGCCCCGACCCGAAAAUCCCCGAAAGCAGUAUUUCGACAUCGAGUUACGACACUCGGCAAUUCUCGCCACGCGAAGAACAAGUGAAGAAAAUUGCUAAACGCCGCGACCGGAUUUCCACAUCGGAAGAAAGCGAUUUUUUCAGUCUGAGGCGGAAAAAAAUGUCGGGGAAUCACCACCACCAAAAUCGGAACUCUUCGAGUGGUUACGUCUCGUGUUCGGAAUGUUCGUACGACAGUGACACUUGCACUUGUGUCUCAGCCGAUAAGUGUUAUUGUUCAUUGGGCAAUAAACACGUCCCUAAGAAAAAAAAUCAAUGUGAUUGCAAUCUGGACGGUCCGGUGACGUUUUGUGGGUGUGAUACCGACUCAUGCACUGAAAGUAAUAAAUGUUAUUGUCAAAAUCCUCCCCGGAAGAGCACAAUUCAAGAACUGAAACGCCGGAGUUUGAAGAAAGACCGGAAAUUGUGUCGCAGGGCUUCGAAUUCCCGGAGUACAAAAAGUUUGGAGUACAUUGGGCCGUAUUAUGAGAAAUUGGGGUCGAAGAGGAAGAAUUACAAUGGGGUGGCGGUGGAUUAUGAGCUGUUCAGUGUGAGGAGUGGGAGAGGGAGGAGUGAAGGAAAGCACGGGAAAUAUGGCGCGAGAAAUGAUCAUCGCACAUUACAAUCCACUGCCAUUUCCGGCGCCUGUACCGAAGCCCUCUCCGUGAAAAAAUCCGCCGAAAUCGCGGCCCUCUUCGCCGACAUCAAACUGAGCCAAACCACCGACAUUGCCCAUUUGACACCCCGGACUUGUGACAUGGACACGAUUAUUUCAUCCCGGAACGCUUACAACAAACUGAAAUCGCAACACGAUGCCAAAAAAAUCAUUCAAAAUGGGCUCUAUGUGAGGAAUAAUCCCAAAAUGUACAGUGCCCGAAAUGGGCUAUACACCAUCCAGAGCCAAUCGGACGAAUCCAGACGCUCCAGUUUGAGCGAAGACAAAAACUAUUUUGAUUUGACAAAAAAAAACAGCAGUAAUCUGGAAAAUUCGUUAGGUUAUCUGCCCUAGUGGGGAAAAAAUGCCAUUUCUUUCGUUUUGGGGGGGUUAAAGAUUCGGUAGGGUUGCUAGAGGGAGACUAUUUUAAUUAAGUGCAAUAACAUGAAAUGUGCAAUAUUCUUAUUUAUGUGCAAUAAUUAGCUAUAAGAAAUAAAGAUUUUAU